GCUCGAUCUUUCGCUCUCUCUCUCAAUUCUUUUUCUUUCUUUUCUUGGCUACAAUGGCUGGUGCGAUGAAGUGGACUUGGGAGGAGAACAAAGCUUUCGAGUUAGCGCUCGUGGAAGUCCCGGAUUCGCCGGCAAAGCUGGAGAUUAUCGCCGCGCAGAUGAGAAAGCCCGUGGAAGAGAUAAGGUAUCACUACGGAAAACUGGUCCAAGAUGUCGCGAUUAUCGAAUCUGGUGGAGUUGUUGUGCCCGAGUACUCACCACGUUCAGCAUCACCGAUCAUACCAAAGAAGUGGACUUGGGAGGAGAACAAAGCUUUCGAGGUUGCACUCGUGGAAGUUCAAGAUUCGCCGGCAAAGCUGGAGAUUAUCGCUGCGCAGAUGAGAAGGCCGGUGGAAGAGAUAAAGUAUCACUACGAUAAGCUGGUCCAAGAUGUUGCGAUUAUCGAAUCCGGCGGAGUUGUUGUGCCCGAGUACUCACCACGUUCGGCGACACCGAUCUUGCCAAAGAAGGGAACUCGUUGGUCAGCCCAAGAGCACGAACGAUUUCUGGAAGGAUUAAAGGCAAAAGGGCCUGGAGAUUGGAAGGCCAUCUCUAGGGACUUUGUCAAGACUAGGGGUCAGAAUCAAGUGAAAUGGCAUGGACAAUAUUACUUGAAGAAGCAAAAAGUGGAGGCAGAGACUAAGGAGGGGAAAGGCUCUGAAUCUGGAGAUUUAAAGAAGACUGACUGAUGAUGAAGCUAAGAUUAAUUAAAUGGUAUCAGAAGAGAUUGAUUCUUGUGGAUAAAUCAAUUUUCUUCUA